AUGAUCAAAAUAUUGUCAUUGCUCGGUUAUUUGCUGAUUGUUUUAAGUGUCACAUCUGUUUUGGGAGAUGAAAAUUUAACAUGCAAAAUAGGAGAAACAUUUUGGACAACGUGUACAUUAAAUGGACCGAUACUUGAGAAAGGAAGAACAAUAAAUCCUGUACGAAGUGAAGUUUACGGGUUAAUCAUUAGAAACGACGAAAGCGUAAAAUAUUUGCCUGAUAACGUUUCAUCAGUUUUUCCUAAAUUAACAAGUUACGAAGUCAAAAGAUGUUCAAUCGCUGACAUUCAUAAAUCGAAUUUCAAUGGAUUAUCGAAUUUAUUAACACUAAGUUUAAUGUACAAUCAAAUAGAAAGGAUCGAAGCCGAUGUUUUCGACGAUUUAGUUGAAUUGGAAACUUUGAACCUAGUUGGCAACAAAAUUAAGCACAUUGAUGUGGGUGCUUUUAAGAAUUUGAAGGAACUAAAAAAUUUAUUUUUGGAUUAUAAUCAAUUGGAGGAAUUGAAUGAUGAAUUAUUCAGAAAUCUGACUUCAUUGUAUGUCCUCAGUUUAGGAUUCAACUCAAUGAAAUCAAUCAACAUUUCAUUCGAUGGACUAAAAACAUUGAACCAUUUGGAUUUAAUGGGAAAUCAGUUGGAAAAGUUGGAAAAUGACUGGUUCAAAAACUUGGAGUCAUUGAAAUAUUUGACUCUCUCAUCUAAUUUAAUAACGGAAGUUGAUGAAAAUGCCUUCACUGGAUUGAGUAAUUUAUACUCAUUGGAUUUAAGUCACAAUCAGUUGGUGGGAGGAAUGGAUCACGCUAUGUUUAAAACUUUAUCUCACUUGCAUAUGUUGGAAAUGACAAACAACUCAAUUAAACAUAUUAACGCGAGUGCUUUUAAUGGAAUUGGCGACUUAAAAAGUUUGAUUUUAGAUCACAACCAAAUAGAAAAGUUGGAUCAUGUUGUGUUAACACAAUUGACAAAUUUAACUUAUCUUUAUAUGGCAAACAAUUCUAUUACUGAUGUCGAUGCCAAAUUUUUCGCCGAACGGUCGAAAUUCUUCCCCAACCUUAAGGAUGUUGAUUUAACAUCAAAUAUUUCUAUUAACAAAAUGUUUGUCCUAGAAGAUUUAAUAUCAUUGGAAGGACUCAUAAAAUGCAGAUGUGAGAAAAUUGCAGACUCGAAUGAUGUUUCAAUUGAUGAAUGUCAGAUUAAUGAAUUCAAAGAGGAAAUGUUGGCAAAAUUUUCCGAGUUAGAGAAAAAGCUACAUUUUUGUCGUUCUACAAUUUAAAUUGAUAACUGAAAUGCUUUUUUUUUGGUUUAUACGCUGAUUGAUAAAUAAAAUGCACGAAUAAAACACUGAACACUUUUAUGAUAACUUUUGCGUAACUUAUAGUAAAGUUUAACUAUUAAAAUAUUUCAAAAUGUCCACCACGACGUGGAUCAACAGCAGCAUCGAGUUUUCCAUUUCUUCUUGUGAUUGCAACUAUGGCUGCAAAACCAGUAAUAGUUGGAGAUUGUGGAUACAUUACAUGUCCUUUAGACUCUAAAAAUUUAACUAUUUCCGAGUCUAAUGCCUCUUCAUACUGAAUGCGCAUUGGUUGAAGUUGAUGAUGUAGUCGCUCUAGUUCAAUUGCCUGCUGCGCUGACUGUUGUAAAUACAAAUUAUAAAUUAUAAACUGUGUCACAGAAGGCAUUAUAAGAAUUCCGCCAGCCCCUCCAACAACCAUUGUCACUUCUUUAUUAUCAUUCACAAUGAUAGUCGGAGACAUUGAUGACAUUGGACUUUUCUUUGGUGCAAUGUAAUUUCCUGGUGCUGGAAGUAAACCGUCAG